AUGGACUUUUCUAUUAAUCGUGAGUCAACUGACCUCUAUACAUCUUCCUCUCAAAGCGUCUUUGUGUUUAUUGCAAUGAUGCUUUGCCUGACGAAUUUUGCUUUAUCUUCAGAUAUAGCAUCAACAUCUGGUACAAAGCCAAUUCCUCCAAGUCCUCCGUUUAGUCCUUCGAGCGGAAGAUUAUCACGGUCUCUCUCUUCUUCCAGUGCAUCUAGUAUUUCUUCUUCUGGUUCGUUCAAAAGUGCUUCCGGCGAAGCUUUUAGCUCGAAAAACUCUUCACCAUCGCGUACGCCACCUCCAAGUCCACCAAGGAUGAUCCGUACACCUGGUUUAGCAGAGCUUGAAACGUAUCAUGAAGGUGCGAAAGGAAAGGUAGCAAAUAUUUAUCAUAAUCAAAUCAAGCUUGCCAAAGAAGCACGAGAUAAACCAUGGAAAGCGAGUAAACAUCGAAAAUUGAUCGCUCAAAGUAAUGAACAUAUCAAACAAGAAGACACGAAGCUAUUCAGGAAAGGCUAUGAAAUCAUUCAGAAAACCCGAGAUCCUGAUCCGAAGAAGAUGUCGUUGAAAAUUGAACCUAUUCAAAAAAUUACGUAUGAUUUUCGUGAUGGUUGGGUAGGCACAAGACAUAAUCCAAGUCCCAGAAUGUCACAUGCCAAGCUGGACGAUUUACACAAGGAAGCCACAAACGUUCUCUUGCUCGGUAAGCCACAUAACCGAACAAAGCGAAAGUAG